AUGGAUCCUCUGUCCAUGACGGCUAGCAUUAUUGCUAUUUUGCAGCUCACUUCAGCGCUCACAAGCUACAUCAACGACGCCAAAAAUGCAACGAAAGAGCAGGCUCAGCUGGCGAUUGAAGCCAGUAAUCUCUACGGUCUGUUGACCGCACUGCGCUUUCGAGUCGAAGAAGCCCGAUACAACGAUCCAUGGUUCAAUCAAGUGAAGCUGUUGGGAACCGAAAAUGGCCCUCUGGACCAAUUCAAGGACGUUCUUGAGACAAUUGUGAAGCAGCUACCGUCAUCCAGGAAAAGAGACCAGGUUAAAUCGAUAUUAUUGUGGAAACUCAGCAAAAAGGAGGUGGAAAAUACGUUAUCUCGAAUAGAGCGUCUCAAAUCGCUCAUCAAUUGUGCCUUGACAAAUGACUUAACGACGUUGUCGAAGGCAAUCCACGACGACGUCGUUGCUAUAAAGGAACAAAACGAAAAACUUCAGAGUAGCACAGAGGCAAUUCAUGGGGGUGUCAUCGUUGCGAAAGAACAAAUCGAGACCCUGGUGGAUCAUGGCAGACCUAAUAUGGUCACUAUAGGAGAGCUACGAAAUGGAUUGUCGCAAUGGUUGGGACUACCAGACCCGUCUCCUAAUUACCACGCGGCACUUCGGAAGCGUCAUCCCAGGACUGGGCUGUGGUUGCUUAAUGGCCAAGAUUUCCUCGAUUGGAAAAGCUCGACUUCUUCUCUGAUGUGGCUCCACGGAAAUGCGGGCUGUGGCAAGACCGUUCUCAGUUCUGCAACGCUACAGCAUGUUCUGGAGCAUCGGCAGUCUCAACCCGACAUGAUUGUGAGCUAUUUCUACUUUGACUUCAAUGAUGUCGAGAAGCAAUCCUGGCAAAAAGCUAUCCGAUUAUCGCUGUUUCAGUUUGCUCUCCAGUGCAGCGGUAUUCUCGAGGAUCUCGAAAAGUUGUACCAAAAUUGCGGAAAAGGACAGCAACAGCCCUCUGAAGCCGCCAUCCAGUCACUGUUUAGAGAGGCAGUGGCUCAUCCCGGGCAGAAGUUCAUUUUCCUCGACGCACUGGAUGAAUGUUCAGACCGGGAAGAUUUGUUGUCUUUUCUGGUCGAGCUGAUGGGCUCGAAACCACGGGACCUCCAUGUCUUAGCCACGAGUCGCCGGGAAAAGGACAUCGAAGACGAGUUAAGUUCGGUUGCUAACCACAACGUGAAUAUUCAAAGUGCCCUGGUGGAUGCUGACAUCUGUGUCUACAUUCACGAUCGGAUGGCUACGGACAAAAGCCUGAAGAAAUGGCCACCAUCAGUGCAGGAUGAAAUAACCACUGUGUUAAUGGACAAGGCGGGUGGCAUGAGGACGUUAUCAUCGUUGCCAAAGACCCUGGACGAGACAUACAAUCGAAUAUUACAAGGCCUCGGAUCGACCAACCAGCUUCAGACUGCGAUUAAGGCUCUACGGUGGCUAUGUUUCUCGGAUCGUCCUUUACUUUUAGCAGAAAUGGUCGAAAUUUUUGCAAUAGAAAAUGGAGAUCGGAGAGGAUUUUUCCCAGAGGAACGUCUCCCCGAUCCUAAAGAUGUGAUGGUUAUCUGCUCCAGUCUGAUCACUUUUAAUUCUAUUGAAAAUGAAGAAGGCGACAACGAGUUACAACACAGCGGUAUUGAAGGUGAGAACAGCUCACAGGACCGUGGUGAAGAUGGUCGCAAGGUCCGAGUUCAGCUCGCGCACUUUUCGGUGAAGGAGUUUCUCUUAUCCGAUCGGUGUGCCUUUAGGUUAGAGUUUCGACCCCAAAUCUGCCACCUUGUGAUUGCGGAGGGUUGUCUACAUUAUUUGCUACACCUUAGCCAGAACGGACCCCUAACCGAAGAGGUCGUCAAGGAGUAUCCGCUGGCUUUAUAUGCAGCAGAGUAUUGGUGGCAGCAUGCACAAAACCUUAGGGGUACGCUAAACGAUACCUUGUCGGAUCUCGUGUUACGUCUCUUGACGGAUGAUACUGCAUUACUUUCGUGGUUACAGCUUUACGAAAUUGAUAUACCAUGGCAAGGAUUUCAGCUACAUCUAUGGUCUAAUGAAAUUGCCCAGUCUCUCUACUAUGCGGCAUAUAUAGGCGUACCACAAAUUGUCGAGAGAAUGAUAGAACGGGCUGUCGAUGUCAAUGCUCAAGGAGGACUGCAUGGCAGUGCGCUACAAGCCGCAUCAUUCUGUGGCCAUGAGAAGGUGGUGAAGAUGCUGAUAGAUGCCGGGGCAGAUGUCAAUGCUCAAGGAGGAGAGUAUGGCAAUGCACUGCAGGCCGCAUCAGUAUGUGGCCAUGAGAAGGUGGUGAAAAUGCUGAUGGACGCCGGAGCGGAUAUCAAUACUCAAGGAGGACGGCAUCACAAUGCACUACAUGCCGCAUCAGAACGUGGCCAUGAGAAGGUGGUGAAGAUGCUGGUGGAUGCUGGGGCGGAUGUCCAUGCUCAAGGAGGAUUCUAUGGCAAUUCCCUGCAAGCCGCAUCAUUCCAUGGCGACGAGAAGGUGGCGAAGAUGCUGAUGGAUGCCGGAGCGGAUGUCAAUGCUCAAGGAGGGGAGUAUGGCAAUGCACUGCAGGCCGCAUCAUUAUGUGGCCAUGAGAAGGUGAUGCCGGAGCGGAUGUCAAUGCUCAAGGAGGGGAAUGCCGGAGCGGAUGUCAAUGCUCAAGGAGGGGAGUAUGGCAAUGCACUGCAGGCCGCAUCAGUAUGUGGCCAUGAGAAGGUGGUGAAGAUGCUGAUAGAUGUCGGGGCGGAUGUCAAUGCUCAAGGAGGAUUCUAUGGCAAUUCCCUGCAGGCCGCGUCAGUACAUGGCCAUGAGAAGGUGGUGAAGAUUCUGAUGGAUGCCGGAGCCGAUGUCCAUACUCAAGGGGGAUACUAUGGCAAUGCACUGCAGGCCGCAUCAGUCCAUGGCGACGAGAAGGUGGUGAAGAUGCUGAUGGAUGCCGGAGCCGAUGUCCAUACUCAAGGAGGAGCAUAUAGCAAUGCGCUGCAGGCCGCAUCAGUACGUGGCCAUGAGAAGGUGGUGAAGAUGCUGAUAGAUGCCGGAGCGGAUGUCAAUGCCCAAGGAGGAGCCUAUGCCAACUCCCUGCAGGCUGCAUCAGCACCUGGCCAUGAGAAGGUGGUGAAGAUGCUGAUGGAUGCCGGGGCGGAUGUCAAUGCUCAAGGAGGAUUCUAUGGCAAUUCCCUGCAGGCUGCAUCAGAACGUGGCCAUGAGAAGGUGGUGAAGAUGCUGAUAGAUGCUGGUGCUGUUAACUGGGGGGACGCUGUUAUCUUCUCCUCGAAAUGA